CUAUAAAAACCUAGGCAGGCCUAUUGCCUCCUCAUUCGACCAUUCGUUCGCUCGUAGUGCGUAUCAGUGUUCAGUGUACGAAAUGAAAGCUGUCAGUGUAGUGUGUGCAGACAACCUCACCGGAAUCAACUCCGGGCGAGUGUCCAAGCCCAAAAAGGAUAUCGAGAACGAGGAGAUCCAAAUGUACAUCAGCAAGCUGAAGGACCUAGUGCCCUUCAUGCCCAAAAACCGGAAGCUCUCCAAACUGGAAGUCAUCCAGUACGUCAUCGACUACAUCUGCGACCUGCAGAGCGCCCUGGAGACGCACCCCGCCGUGGGCAGCUUCGACGCCGCCGCCGCCCUGGGCCAGAAGAAGUCGCAGGAGGCGGUCAGCCCCCGACAGCCCCUCGGCCUGCGCGCCAGCCCCAACACCAUCCUCUCCCCCUGCGAGGCCCCCGUGCUCCAGACGCCUGAAAAACUGACGCCGUCAGAGAGGCAGGUCCCUUGCUAAGUGGGAUCUUCGAACACAGUGAUCUUGAAUAUCAUCCUCAUCUCAUUCCGAAAGAAUCAGCCUCGGACUGCGAGGCUCUAUUUUUGGAUAAAUCGCCUCAUUUUAGUUAGAAAGAACGACUGAAGCCAUUAUUUAUAUUGCGAGUGGAGAGGAACUACAGUGUGUGCGUUGAGGAGAAAGUGAAAUAUGUGAAGCACUUAGUGAUGUACCUGUUUAUGUUGCAAUUGUUAUGUAGAUUUUAUUUUAUUGUUUUGUACAUAUGUUAGGCGAGUUUAUUGUACUUUUCCAUUUUUUUAUUUGGUAGUAAUGCAAAAUUCAUUCGUGAAAUUUUGACUGUAGCUUUAUCACAGAUUUUAAUUGAUUGAUUUUGUGACUUUUCAUUCUGUGAUUUUUAGCAAGUAAUAGUGUACAAAGUGUAAUCUCUGCGCGAGAAUUGUUGGGGUCACGGUUUCGACUGUGAUUUUGACUCUGUACAUUUUUGUUUCUAGAACUUAUUGUAAAUAGUUACCUAUAUAGCAACUGAAUGUUGUUUGAAUUUUUAUUAUAUGAAGAUAUUUCAAAUAAAAUGAUUUUAGAAGGAA